GGCCACCACGCUUUUUUCACCCCCUCCCCUCCUCCUUCAGUGGUUACUGCUGUUUUCUCGCCCGCCUGUUAGUCAGUCGGGAAGACUCAAGUGACCGAGCCAGUCUACCUUUCGAGCCAGCAUUCAAACGGAAAAAAGAGCGAGAGAAAGGCUUGGUCUUGUAUGAGCCACCAGUGAAAGUGAGGGAGGUCGAGGACGAGUGAGCGAGUGAGGAAGAAGCCAAUACAGUGCAAAACGGAGAAGCCCUGGAUAGGCAGGAUACGGUAUUUCUGUUACAACAGAAGAUAGGACUACGGUACGGUAGUGCACGGGUCUCUUGUGGUGAGAGGCCGAGAAGAGAGACCAAAGAACCACCAACCCACCCUACACUCGCUGCAUUCACUGCACUCCCCACCUUCGCCAUCCUCCCUUUCUCCCAGAGUUCACCUCCAACAGCAAUAAUAUCCAGCACUCCCAACGGCUGGGCCCUUCAUUACCAUUUUUCCUCUUCUCUUCCACCAAGAACCUCGGCCCCCCUUUCCUUUUUCUUUCCUUCGACAUUAGGGUUGUUGUUCUGCUCCCUAUUCCGUUCAUUUGGACCCUUUAACCCGUGUUUCUCUCCCUAUUUAGGGCAUUACGACACCGCAUUCUAAGGCGCUCCGCUCUUUUCAUAGGCCCCAACGCCGAUAUCGUACGUGAAAGAUACACACAAGUUCCCAUCUACUGUAUCUGGGGAUUAUCGGAUCGAUACCUUACUACCGCUUCGCAAUCUUUUUAUCCAAGUCAUUGUUCCCAACCCCCGGCCACGGAGCAUCGACAUAUAAAUUCUUCCCAUGGAGCCGCCAACAGUACCUCAUGUAAACCCCCCACCUCGACGGCACCGUCCCCAGCAACAGAUCCGUGGUAUGGAUAUAUCGACAUCAGCGUCCUCAGGGUCGAUGUCACAACCUUCCCAUACACGUGCUCGUCGUGAGAAUCGUCUCGCCCCUUAUUCUACUGUUGGGCAGUUUUCCCUUGCCCCGACUACUCAGACCACUGUGGUCACCACGACUACGACAACUACUACAUCUUUUCCCCAAUUUCUCAUGAAGCCUCCUAGAAAUCUGAACGAACUGGACCCCAAGGAAUUCCCCCUAGCCGCUGUACCAACACCAUCGAACCUCAAGAGAUUUUGUUUCGAUCUGAAUGGGAAACCGACCCACUUUCGGGAGACGGAUGACCCGGAGCAAUCUUUGAGAGAGGUAAGGAAUGGGGUUUCGGCCUGGACUUCGAGUCUUCGGGGGUAGCCGUUUGCUGAUAGAAAUAUGUGGAUAUAGUUGGGCAUGCUUGUGCAUGACCUCGAUCAGAGCCACGGCCUUAUUAGAAAAGUUGUCCGAGGAGAAGAACGCGUGAAGGCCCAGAGUCCUUUAACCAGUCCGCCUGCAUCAACCACCUUACCUACGACUUCCCAUUCCGCAUCGAGUCGGAAACGCCCUGCCUCCCCGGUAUCGAUCUCGGAGGCAGCCGAACGCGUAUCCUUGCUGCAGAAAGGUAAUAAACGCCGACAAACAGGAAGACCCAGGUCAGGUACAAUCUCUAGCAAGGCCAAUACACCUUCACCAAAAAAGUAUCUUCGCUCAAGUCGCAAUACUACUCCAGCCACGCCUGUGGAGAUCAAUCCCCCUACUACUCACGCUCCUAGGCCUGUCCGUCCUGUACACCAGCAAUUAAGCCAGCUCCAAAAUUCACAAUCAUUAUUUGCCACCACUAAUCUCACGCCAAAUCAAAAUCAUCAGCAAGAGACUCCACUGACUUUAUCCCCGCAGAUGGGGAUAAAACUGUUGGAUUUGGAGGCUGAAGACUUGGAGAUGGGCUCAACCCCUACCCCACAAGAGGAUCUUGAGUUGGACGAUGCUGAAUCGGAUUCAACUAUAAUACCCACAACCCUAUCGCCCGAUACCCAACAUACGGCGAGCGAUGGUGUUGCUGUCGGGUCUGCUCAGCCACUUAGCCUUCCAAGUCCGAGUCUAAGUCCUGUGACUGCCGCCUUGACUCACGGAGGUAGUUAUUUCUCGGCGAUGGAUGCUGAUGAAAUAAACUCACCACUUGAGCUGCCACCCAGCGAGGAGGAUGUGGCCGACGAGUCAAAUCAGUUGGCAGUAAGUCCGCAAAGGCAUAUCAUGCAGCUGCAAACCCCUCGAGAACAAUAUGCGCCUGGGUUGAUGGAAAUUCCCAAGAUGCUGGAUUCCUUUGAUGCCAUGCCUUCUGCUGUUAAAACUUACGUUAUGUAUCAACUUCUCCGCCGAUGUUCCAAGAGCACACUCCAAACAGUUGCAGAGGUGGUCAACCCUGCUCUCAAGUGCGACUUCCUUACCCUUCUGCCCCCCGAACUCUCCUUAAAUAUUAUCAAGUAUCUGGACAUUAAGAGUCUUUGCAAUGCUGCUCAAGUAUCAAAACGUUGGAGGAUUAUCAUCGAUUCUGACGAAUGGACAUGGAAGAAACUGUUCGACAACGAUGGGUAUGUGCUAGGAGACGGUGAGCUGGAUAGGGCCAUACGAGAAGGUUGGGGUUUCCAAGAUCCACAAGGCGAUGAUGACUGCGAGAGAGAUGUCAACGCAGGAACCAGAACCAAUUGCUGUGCCCCCCCGACUCUUACGACUCCGCCGCCGCAUGGAAGGCAAAAGAAGAAGUUCAAUACCAGAGCGAAUUCCAAGAAACAACAGAAGAAGCGUGAGGCAGUUGAGACACUUGGGAAGGAGGAGUUUAACGAGGUUAUAUCGGAAAUUUACUCCAACUCUGUCGGCCCUGUUGCGGCUGCUAACGCUGCGGAAAAGGCCGGCUCCAAGGCUUUGGUGGGAUUGCAGUCGCUAAGGAAUCUGCAUCUGUUUAAGUCUAUCUAUCGAAGACACCACAUCAUCCGCCGCAGUUGGAUACGACCACAAGUGAAACCGAGGCAUAUAUCCUUCCGUGGCCAUCAGAGACACGUGGUUACUUGCCUGCAAUUUGACACAGAUAAAAUUUUGACGGGCUCUGAUGAUACCAACAUCAACGUGUACGAUACCAAUACGGGAGCGUUGCGAAACAAAUUGGAGGGGCAUGAAGGUGGGGUUUGGGCUUUGCAAUACGAGGGUAAUACCUUGGUAUCCGGCUCAACGGACAGAACUGUCCGAAUUUGGAAUAUCGCUGCCGGUGAAUGCACCCAAAUUUUCCAUGGGCAUACUUCGACUGUCCGAUGUCUGCAGAUUCUCAUGCCAACUAAGAUCGGCGUUAAGCCGGAUGGUAAAGAUUUAAUCAUGCCGAAAGUGCCGUUGAUAAUUACAGGAUCCCGGGACUCAACGCUGCGAGUAUGGAAGCUUCCUAUGCGUGGCGAUAAGCCCUAUCUACCGGGAACUAGUCGGGAUGCCAAUGAUAACGAUCUUUUCCUGAAUCCUAACAAUAAUCCAUAUUUUAUUCGUACUCUCUCAGGCCAUCAGCAUUCUGUUCGCGCGAUUUCAGCACAUGGGGAUACGCUCGUGAGUGGUAGUUACGAUUAUUCUGUUAAGGUCUGGAAAAUCUCUACUGGAGAGACUGUGCAUACACUGCGGGGGCAUGUGCAGAAAGUUUAUAGCGUCGUGUUGGACCACAAGCGAAACCGCUGCAUCAGUGGGAGCAUGGACAACUUGGUCAAGGUCUGGUCAUUAGAAACUGGGUCUGUGAUUUACACUCUUGAAGGCCACACUCAACUUGUUGGUCUGCUUGACUUGAGUCAUGAUAGACUUGUCUCGGCUGCCGCAGAUUCGACAUUGAGGAUUUGGGAUCCAGAGACUGGGAAUUGCAAGCACACACUCUCGGCGCAUACAGGAGCGAUCACCUGUUUCCAGCAUGAUGGGCACAAGGUUAUCUCUGGCUCAGAUAGAACGCUCAAAAUGUGGAAUGUUCAAACCGGCGAGUUUAUUCGUGAUUUGCUGACCGACUUGAGCGGUGUGUGGCAAGUCAAAUUUAAUGAAAGAAUUUGUGUGGCUGCCGUCCAGCGUGACCAGGUUACUUAUAUCGAGGUAAUUUACUUCUCAGUUUUUUUUUUUUUUUGUCUCAUUGAUUCUUUUAGGUGCUCGACUUUGGCGCUGCACGGGAUGGUAUCCCCGAUGACAAGCGUGGCCGUAGAAUCGUCGUUGACAGGAGCGGUCGGGAGAUUCCCGAUGGGAACGACACUAUGGAUGAAGGUGAGAUAUAUUCAUUAUAUUGGAGCUGAGAAUGAGUACCUAAUUCUAUUGCUAGCUGGCGAUGAUUUUGAUUGAUUUGCAAAGAGUUUCGCGCCGGUUGUUGCGCCUUUUCCGUUUAUUUAUUUCCCCCUUAUCUCUUAUUAAACGCCCAAGGGCGGAAUUGCAUAGUGGUCGAGUAUGUCGGGGCGUGGAUAAGGUUGAUGGAAAGUGCCUAUCUUGGUCGAGCUUGGGCUUCAGAAAAAAACAGGGGGUUCAACUGCCAAAGUAGAAGAGCGUUAUGGGGAUUAUUUUUAACACUCCUCCCCGAUUUGGCACGUAUUAAACAAGUCCGUUUGUAUUUCGCUACAUUUUGAUUGACUUGGUAUUUCCUAUACCUUUACGAGCAUUGCUACGGCUUUUCCUUUAUUCUUUUCUCUUCCGUUUUUUUUUUGGGAGGUGAUUCGGUAGCAUGGGCCGUUGAUGAAUUUCUUUUGUUUACAUGCCUUUAUUAUUUUCCCUCUUGCACCUCCUCUCUGCUGUAUUUCUUCGGUCUUGCAUUUGGUUUUCACUUCUUUUUUGCACAUAUACGUCUCAUUCUUGUUCCAAAAAGGGUUGUAAUUUUUGCGCUUUGCUUUUGGGUUAAUUUUUUGCUGGUUCAGAUAUUUUCUUUUCUCUUGACUUUGAGGCUAUAGGGAGAUAAUGAGUAUGGGCUGGGAGAAGAUGUAUAACUUGAUUGUGUUUGUGUCCAACGCACAAGUUUGGAGUUAUCUCCUCGCACUCAUUACAUGGUGAGUUGGUUUUGAUACCUGGAAAUGGUAUUCUCCAAUGCACGAGAAACAUACAUUGGUUGGUGUCCACUUUUUCUGCUCUUUUUUGUCUAUUAGUUUGUUUGGAUGGUGAGGUAUCUGGAACAUCAAAAUUGCAUGUAUAAUGAGUCGGGCAAACGCUUUUCCAUUUCCAUUUCCAUUUUUUUUAUUACCCCCGUUGUGCUUUCGCUUUGGGGACGUUUCUCUGCUCUACGAGAAUCCCGGGUGAUGUCCUUCCUUUGCUUCUUUCCUUUCUUCUUUUCCGAUGACCUUUGCUGCUUUAGUCUCCUUGCGUUGGUAGUCAUAGUGGGUGGAGUGGUGGUAGUGGUUGGGAUAAUCCUUUCUGGACUUUGAUAUCUGAAGGGUUGGGAAAGAGCACCAGAAAAAAAAAGCGAAUGACAUCAUCACAUUAUAGACCUCAUUAUGCUCGGGCGUCAGUAAAUAUCGGAAAACUGUUCCUGCUGGCCCCGUCCAAAUCUCUAUAGGAGACAAUGGUUGUGCUUUCUGGGUUUUGUGAACACACCCGAUACCUUUGUAUAUUGUGGGCAUUGUGAUCGAGGUGUUUUAUAUUCUGAAUCUAGGAAAGCUUGGACCUAUCCUGCUACACGGGGUGCCAUUCCAGAUCAGAGCCCCCGUCUUAGUUAGACUAGCAGCGUAGAAUUUGUGACGCAUCCCGCAACUUUUUCCAUGAUAUCGGAGUACACUAUGAUAGCAGUAUCAUAUUAUAAUAAUGUUUCCACGUGCUAACUCAACAAACCUUGCAACCGCAACAACCCCGAAUCGCUGGAUUCCCCACUUAACUUACAACACUCAACCACCUUCCACCACCACUACCACUACCAUCUAAAUCCCCCAAGAUGCCAUCAGGGACCUCCCUCCCGCCCCCGCUACCAGCACUAAUCUUAGCCCUCCUGGGCGUGCUCACAGGCUACUACAUCGGCAAAACCUCGGGUGCCAAACCCACCAGGCGAAUCAAAGAGCCAAAAUCCUCAGCACCGAUAUUCCCCGACGACUCUUUCAUACCCGUUUCCCCAACCGCGAAAUCCUCCUCCCCCUCCGAGGAUAACGAUGACAACGAUGACGACGACGACUGGGCAACCACCUCCUCAACAAUAAACCCCUACACCAACCUCUCAGAGGACUGUAAGAUGGUAUUCGUGGUGCGCACGGACCUAUCUAUGACGAAGGGGAAGAUAGCAGCGCAGUGCGGCCACGCGACGCUCAUGUGCUAUAAGACCGUGCAUAAGCAUGCUCCCAGCAUACUAGAGCGGUGGGAGAGGCUCGGGCAGGCGAAGAUUGCGCUCAAGUGUUCUGGAGGGGAAGGCGAGGGAGGUUUGGACGGGGAGGAGGAGUUGGAGACGUUGGCGGGCGUCGCGGCGAGUUUGGGGGUGGUGGCUAGGAUCGUUAGGGAUGCUGGUAGGACCCAGAUUAAGGCGGGGAGUUCCACGGUUCUGGGUAUUGGACCUGGUGAGAUUUUUUCCCUUCUAUUCUCUUCCUUUGUUGCUUUUGUGGGGAGAGGGGGGGAGAGGAGAGUAGGCUAAUGAAUUGGUUGGAUGUAUGGGGGGAUAGCGCCGAGAAGUGUUGUGGAUCAAAUCACUGGGCAUUUGAAGUUAUUGUGAUUGCUGGCUAGAUUAGAACUACCGCCAGUAACAUGCUAGAAUGGAUCAUAGUAUAAUCGGUGGCGAUAUAUCAUGAUGCACAACAGGCGUUGCUUUUUUUUUCUUCUUCUUCCUAUCACCCAUCGCAUCACGAUGGACUUGUCCGCUACCGGUGUGCUUCAUCAAGCUUGAACGCAAGUUCACCACGUAAUCACCCGGCAAAUGUCUCUGCAAAGCGGAGUUUCUCUUCGGAGAUUGCAGUACGGUAACCUAAGAGGGGGGGGAUGCCGAUAUUCCACAAUCGAGGUCUGUGUAGGCGGGAACGGUCCGUUCCACUGACAAGAAGAAAUUCUGUUUCACAAAGACUUUGCCGGGUGACGAGAUCCAGAUGUCUUUCCCUACCGUGUUACAGUGUACAGGUAUAUCCUAUCAUACAUUCAUGUGCGGCAUAACAUACUCGCAUCAUACUUUAGAAUUGCGUUGUGUGCAUCGCAGACACGGAACUCAUCCCCGGUUAGGGAGAGCUUGCUGUGCGGAGAUUUCCAGAUCUGUGAUAUCAUACUAGGGAUAUUUUUAGGAAAUAAGGUUUUGGCUGGAAGUAAAGGUUAUGAUGAUUGCUGCCAGGGGUGCUUUCUAUGCCGCCCUGUGAACGUGGGAUGUAAUGUACUCGAGUACUCUACUA